UCAUUAAUACUGAGGUUAUAAUAUGACACUUAGUAAUAAUAAUUAUUAUUUAAAUAUUAUAAAUAAUGUUAAAUAUAAUAAUAUUACAAUGGAAAUUAUUUUUUUUAUAUUAAACUCGCCAUCUUGAUGCUUGUCAAACUGUAUUACUGGAUUAUUAUUAACUGUAACAUCACGACAGAAUACUUUUUAUAAAAUUAUAUAAAUUUUCCUGACACUAAAAUGGAGUAAAUUUUUUCACGGAUCAAGAAUCUCAAGAAAUUUUGUUUUAAAUAAAUAUAUAUAUUUUUAUUUAGAUAAAUAUAUAUAUUUUAACAUAUUAAUUGUAUAAUGGCCACUGACGUCGAAGAAUCUGACACUGAAGAUCAUGAGCGUCCUGCACCUCCUAAAAGACAGUGUAUUAAUUUUUUAAAUAAAAACGACGAUGGACAAUCGAUUCAUCAGUUAGUUCAGGAUUCAAGUUCAGCGGAACCUGACAACGAACUACUGAACCGUGAAAAGUUUCAACGUUAUCAUCAGUAUCAAAUAGACAAGCAUUGCUAUAUGGGAUCUGUUGACAAUACAAUAAAUCGUGUUAUGGAAACAUAUAUAUUAACACCACCAACAGAACGUUUACAGUUGAGAUUAUCAACAGGUGAAUCUGAGAUGGAAGAUCAUGCCGUCAUGAUGGCAAUACGUAAUCAUGGACUUGUACAUUCCUCAUUUAAUACUAAUUUUUCUUCACAUUCUACUACUAAUGAUAAUUAUUGGUUCAGUGAUGAUGAUUAUAAUAUAUCAAGCCCUAUUAAUUGUUCUAAUAAUAUAACACCUGCUGUUGAAUUGUCAUCAGAAUCAAAUGAUUCAAAUUCAGCAUCAGCAACAUCAUCCACUAAAAUAAUUCAACCGCGAACAUUCCAAUCAUUUGAUGAUAAAAUAAUUAAACAUAAUAAUAUUAGUAGUAGUAAUAAUAGUAAUUGGAGUGUAGAUAAAAAUGACGAUGGUGAUCAACAGCAAGAUAUUUUAGAGCGAGCUGUGUCUGAAGCCAUCAAAAUUAAAGGACUGAGUGUACUCGGUGUCGAUUAUGUCUGAGAUAGUUUUUUUUUUAAUUUUUUAUUAUUAUUGUCAUAAAGAUAAUUAGAUUUUAUUGUUGUUUAAUUAUGCCAGUUAUUACGUUUACGUCAGUCAUUUUACGUACAUCUAUAAAGAUACAUAUAUAUAUUUUUUUUGGACAUUAAUUUUUUAAUCUUUAAAUAAAAGAAUUAUAUCUGAAGGUAUUUAAAGCCAAGUAAUGUUAUAUUUUAUUUGUAUACAUAUAUAAAAAAAAUCAAGAAAUAUUAUAUAUAAAUGAUAAGUACUCCAAUUAAUGUUUUUAUUAUAAAAUUUAAAUUAUAAUUAAAAUCGCUCGCUCCUUCUUUAUGCCAUAGAAAGUAAAGCUUUCCAGUACAUGACACUUAAUAUUAAAUAAUUAUUGUGUUAUUAAAAUUAUUAAUUUAUUAAAUUUAUUGAUUUUUAAAAAUAAUAAAUUUAAAUCAUUCGGAUUUUAAAUCCAUGCUUUAAAAUUCAAAUCAUGUACAUAAUUUUAAGUAAAAAUGUAUAA